GUUCUUCCUGUUUGGCGUAUUGUUUUUGCUUUUAUGAGUGAGAGCAUUCGUCACUUUAUUUGCCACUCGUAACAUCAUACAAGAGAGAAAUAAAGUUUGGUAUGUAUAUACAUAGUUGAGAUGGCAUCAGAUAAGGUGGGCAUGGAAAACCUGGUGACCUUUCUUCUGACAGCUUUGUGUUUCUUCUGCCAAACGAGUAACUGCCAAGAUUACAGCUCCUGUGGAUUACGAUCAGUACGUCGUGGAAAAAUAUUUGGAGGACUUCAAUCCCGUCCAGGGAUGUGGCCCUGGCAAGUAGCAAUUUUUCGCAAGAAUAGCGAUGAGGAUCAAAAGCCUCAGUUCUUUUGCGGAGGGGCUCUUAUAAAUUCAAGAUGGGUCCUUUCUGCAGCACACUGCUUCCACAAACGCCAAAAUGAAAAAUACGUUCACUACAGAUACACGAUCAAAGCAGGAGACCAUAAGAUCUAUUCCAAAGAUCCUUACGAGCAAGAACGUGAUGCCAGAAUACACAACCAUCCAAAUUUUAUACCAAGCACAUUUGAAAAUGACGUCGCAUUAGUGGAGCUGGACAAAGGUGUCAAAAUGGGCCCUAAUGUUCGUAGCAUAUGCCUUCCAAAAGCUAACGAAAACCUUUCAUCGCCGGGCGAGAUAGUAAGCGUUGCUGGUUGGGGUUAUACGACCAAAGGCUCCCAUUCUUCCGUCCUUCUUCAUUCUGCAUUUGAGAUUCAAAACAAUAAGAAUUGUAAAGAUACAACAACAUAUGAAUUCAAUAAGACGGUGAUGUUCUGUGCCGGUCAUGGUAAGGGAGGUAACGAUACUUGUAAAGGUGACAGUGGUGGUAGUACGGUAAGAGAGGUGCUACGAGAUGGCAGACGUCGAUGGGUGACAGUUGGUCUGGUCAGCUGGGGUGAAGGAUGUGGGAUCAAAGGCAAAUAUGGCUACUACACCAGAGUAGAACCAUUUGUGGAUUGGAUUCAAAAGAAAAUUAAUGGUUCGAUUUUAUCUUGUGGCGAUCCUGGUAACAUACCGAACGGUCGAAUCAAUGGCACAGAUUUCUUGGUCGGAUUCACUGUAAAAUAUAAAUGCAACGAAGGAUAUCGAUUGAGAGGAAGAUCGAAAAGUAGAUGCAAAAGAAAUGGAAAGUGGACCAAAGCACCGACGUGCCAAAAAGUUGAGUGUAAUGAUCCUGGUAGUCUUCGUCAUGGAGUACGAAGACCAAGAAAAAAGAAAUACUAUUACAAGGAUAAGAUCAGGUUUCGAUGUAAAACAAAUUACACAAUCAUAGGUAGAUCUGCCAUGGCGUGCCGGUCUAAUGGGAUGUGGAGUGGAUUCAAACCGGCCUGUUUAGCUCCUUGUAAAGAUCCUGGUAUUCCAAAAGGUGGUGUUAGAUUAGACCACAGUUUUAAGCACGCUCAGACUGUACGAUUUCUGUGCAAGAAAAGGAAUCAACCACCGUCUGUUUCAUAUCUCACUUGUAACAAUGGAAGAUGGAAUCAAAAUAUUCCUAGAUGUAUUGCUGAUUGCGAUGAUCCCGGCACUCCUAUUAAUGGACAAAGACAAGGCACUGACUUCAUCUUGAAGAAAAGAGUGUAUUUCACUUGUGAUCAAGGUUACAUGCGUGUAGGACCAAAGUAUAUACAGUGCCAGAGCAAUCGACGAUGGAGCGACAAAGCACCAAUUUGUGAACCUUUAUCCUGCUUUAGACCAAUACCACCCCAGAAUGCUUACAUCUAUAGCAGAAGACAACAGAAAGAAAAAUAUGGAUUCAACGAAGUGGUCAUGUUUUAUUGUAAUAAAGGACACUUUGCUUCUGGAUCGCCUUUCGUGAGGUGUCUCGCUAAUGGAUGGAGUAAAACUACUCUGCGAUGCCCUCCCAAAAAUUGUGGUGAUCCUGGUACUCCCACUAACGGAAGAAGACAAGGCAAUGUAUUCACUUUCAACAAUAAAGUAAACUUCACAUGUUUAGAUGGCUACGAGCUGGAAGGACCUGUAGAGCGUGUAUGUCAGGAGAAUGGAACAUGGAGUGGAACCACGACUACUACAUGUGAACGUGUUGAAUGCAAAGAUCCUGGAACACCUCGUAACGGUAUCAGAAGGCCAGAAAAUAAUAAAUACGUGUAUGAAGACAGGAUAGAUUUCAUGUGCAACACGAGCCAUUAUUUGAGAGGAAAUACGUCCAUCAUCUGCCAAAGCGAUAGAACAUGGACAGGAACCGUACCAGUAUGCUUAGCUCCCUGCAGAGAUCCUGGCAUACCAAUUGGUGGACAUCGAUACCAACAUUCAUUUCUACACAACAGCAUCGUUCGGUUUAGUUGUAACUCAGGAUGGACAAUGGAUGGUUCACAUACAAUAAGAUGUACCGAUGGACGAUGGGAUCACGAUUCACCAACAUGCAAUAAGGCAUGUUUGAGGCCGAAUAAGUAUCCUGUCAAUGGAGGAAUUCGAGGUUCAUAUAUUAGUUACAGACACAAGUACAGCAUCAGUUACUACUGCUAUAGAGGAUAUAAUCUUGUUGGACGAGGAAAUGUAAGAUGUCUGAAUGGAACAUGGGAGAACAAGCAACCAACGUGUAGACCUGUUGAGUGCAGGGACCCAGGUAAACUUGUAAAUGGUGGCAGAUAUCCAGACCAAAACAAAUACGUGUUCAAAAACAGUAUACGGUUCCAGUGUAAGACAAACUAUACGCUGAGAGGAGUUCCUGCCAUUACUUGCCAACAUGAUAAAAGAUGGUCAGGAAAUGUACCAAGAUGCUUGGCUCCCUGUAGAGAUCCUGGUAUACCUAAAAAUGGCCAUCGUCUUGACCACUCGUUCUUACAUAAUGCUAGAGUAAGAUUCUCGUGUCGAAGAGGAUGGAACAUCGAGGGUUCUCAGACUAUCACAUGUAAUAAUGGAAACUGGGAUCAUACAACACCAGAGUGCAUGGAAUGUGGAUCAGCUCUUGGAAUGGAGGAUAGGAAGAUUCCUGAUGGUAACAUUCGAGCAUCAUCAACACGUUAUAGAUACCAUGCAAAAGAUGGACGAUUGAACGACCGAUAUGCCUGGUGCUCAGGAACGGCGCGUAAUCCGUACCUUCAGAUUGACUUUGGUAAACCCUACAGGAUAACAGGCCUAGCUACACAGGGAAGUACGUAUAAUAACAAAUGGGUGGAGAAUUAUACUGUGACAAGUAACCUGGCAGGAUCAUCAUUUAACAUUUACAGAGAAGAUGGCCUAGAUAAGAUUUUCAUCGGAAACAGAGACAAGGGAUCUGUGGUAAAAAACAAAUUGAGGAAUCCUGUUAUCGCAAGGAGAUUAAGAAUAUUACCACAAAAACAAGGAGGAUUUUCAGGUCUUAGUCCUGCGUGCAUGCGAGUAGAGAUAUAUGGAUGUGACCUUCCUUCAGAUUGUAUCCAGAUUGGAUCUCGUGUUGUUGCAAAAUGGACAAGUAAUCCAAGGGGUGGAUAUAAAUACCUCAAGGCCUACCUUACAAGUAUCAGUAGAAGGUACUGGAGAGUAGAACUGGAAGAUGAGAAUCAUGCCAGUCCUCGUCAUAAAUACUUGUUAAUGUACGAAGACUUACCGUUUGUCCUGGAUAUUCCUCCCAAGCACGAAGAGUUACAAGUAGGCACAAGGGUGUUAGGAGCAUGGGGAUAUAGAUAUUUCACUGGUACCAUCAAGACAGGAAAAGACAGAUAUAACAAAUACCGAGUGAGAGCAGAUGAUGGUGAUGAGAAAGACUUUACACUAGAUGGAAUACGUGUACUUAAAGCACCUACAUUUUGUAACUAAACUUUGAAUGGCCACUAAAAUAAGUUCUUUUGCAUAAACUACUUUUUUAUAUUUAAAAAAAUAUAAAAACUUCUAAGGUAUGUUAAAUCACCGGAUUAAAAUUUGAUUUUAACAAUAACUAUUUAAUUGACUUGAUUCAUGAGAAAAAUAACAUUCGUUUUUUUCAUUUAAAGCUGUGUUUCUAUGUAGUGAUGCAGAUAAUGUUUUCCUAAUUCAAAGGUAAUAAAAAAAUUCAAUUGAUCUUGGAUUUUGAAAGGG